GGCGAACAGGCUUCAGAUGCUGCUGGGUCGCCGUUGGGAGAGCUCUUGAGUUCGGGAGUGUGAGCUUGAGAGCCGAGCGCUCCAGCGACCCGGCGAGGGAUGGCGGCCACCGGGACCGCGGGCGCCGCGGCCACGGGCAAGCUCCUGGUUCUGCUGCUGCUCGGGCUCACAGCGCCUGCCGCGGCGCUGGCCGGCUACAUCGAGUCUCUUGCAGCCAAUGCUGGAACAGGAUUUGCUGUUGCUGAGCCUCAAAUUGCGAUGUUUUGUGGGAAGUUAAAUAUGCAUGUGAACAUUCAGACUGGGAAAUGGGAAUCCGACCCAACCGGCACAAAGAGCUGCUUCGGUACAAAAGAAGAGGUUCUUCAGUACUGUCAGGAGAUGUAUCCAGAGCUGCAGAUCACAAAUGUGAUGGAAGCAAACCAGCAAGUGAGUGUUGACAACUGGUGCCGGAGGGACAAAAAGCAGUGCAAGAGUCACAUUGUGAUACCUUUCAAGUGUCUUGUGGGUGAGUUUGUAAGUGAUGUUCUGCUAGUUCCAGAAAAGUGCCAGUUUUUCCACAAAGAGCGCAUGGAGGUCUGCGAGAAUCAGCAACAUUGGCACACUGUCGUCAGAGAGGCCUGUCUGACUCAGGGAAUGACCCUAUAUAGAUACGGUAUGCUGCUACCCUGUGGGGUGGACCAGUUCCACGGCACCGAGUAUGUGUGCUGCCCUCAGACGAAGAGUAUUGAAUCUACUGUAUCAAAAGAAGACAAGGAAGAUGAGGAGGAGGAGGAAGAGGAGGAAGAGGAAGACUAUGAUGUUUACAAAAGUGAAUUUCCUACGGAAGCAGAUUUGGAAGACUUCACAGAAGCCACUGUGGAUGAGGAUGACGAGGAUGAGGAGGAAGGGCUGGAGGUGGUGGAGGAUCGCGAUUACUACUACGACACCUUUAAAGGCGAUGACUACAACGAAGAGAGCCCGACGGAGCCCAGCAGUGAUGGGACUGUUUCAGAAAAGGAAAUUACUCAUGACGUUAAAGCUGUCUGCUCCCAGGAGGCGAUGACGGGGCCCUGCCGGGCUGUGAUGCCUCGUUGGUACUUCGACCUCUCCAAGGGAAAGUGUGUGCGCUUUAUAUAUGGCGGCUGCGGAGGCAACAGGAACAAUUUUGAGUCUGAGGACUAUUGUAUGGCUGUGUGUAAAGCGAUGAUUCCCCCAACUCCUCUGCCAACCAAUGAUGUGGAUGUGUAUUUUGAGACUUCUGCAGAUGAUAACGAGCAUGCACGCUUCCAGAAGGCUAAGGAGCAGCUGGAAAUCCGGCACCGCAACCGAAUGGACAGGGUAAAAAAGGAGUGGGAAGAGGCUGAGCUUCAAGCAAAGAACCUCCCCAAAGCAGAGAGGCAGACCCUCAUUCAGCACUUCCAAGCUAUGGUUAAGGCUUUAGAGAAGGAAGCAGCCAGUGAGAAGCAGCAGCUGGUGGAAACCCACCUGGCUCGAGUAGAAGCCAUGCUGAAUGACCGCCGCCGUAUGGCUCUGGAGAACUACCUGGCUGCCUUGCAGUCUGACCCGCCGCGGCCUCAUCGCAUUCUGCAGGCCCUGCGGCGUUAUGUCCGCGCUGAGAACAAAGACCGCCUGCAUACCAUCCGUCAUUACCAGCAUGUGUUGGCUGUCGACCCAGAAAAGGCUGCUCAGAUGAAAUCCCAGGUGAUGACACAUCUCCAUGUGAUUGAAGAAAGACGGAACCAAAGCCUCUCUCUGCUUUACAAAGUACCUUAUGUAGCCCAAGAAAUCCAAGAAGAAAUCGACGAGCUCCUUCAGGAGCAGCGUGCGGACAUGGAGCAGUUCACAGCCUCCAUCUCGGAGACGCCCGUGGACGUCCGGGUGAGCUCUGAAGAGAGCGACGAGAUCCCGCCGUUCCUCCCCUUCCACCCCUUCCAGGUCCUGCCUGAGAGCGAAGACACUCCGCCGGAGUUGUACCACCCAGUGAAGAAAGGAUCUGGAGUGGUGGGAGAGCAGGAUGGAAGACUGAUAGGUGCUGAGGAAAAAGUGAUUAACAGUAAGAAUAAAGUGGAUGAAAAUAUGGUCAUUGAUGAGACUCUGGAUGUUAAGGAAAUGAUCUUCAACGCCGAGAGAGUCGGAGGCCUCGAGGAGGAGCCGGAACCCGUGGGGCCAUUGCGGGAGGACUUCAGCCUGAGCAGCAGUGCCCUCAUCGGCCUGCUGGUCAUUGCAGUGGCCAUCGCUACUGUCAUAGUCAUCAGCCUGGUGAUGCUGAGGAAGAGGCAGUAUGGCACCAUCAGCCAUGGGAUCGUGGAGGUUGACCCUAUGCUCACCCCUGAAGAGCGUCACCUGAACAAGAUGCAGAACCAUGGUUACGAAAACCCAACCUACAAAUACCUGGAGCAGAUGCAGAUUUAAGUGGGAGAAAGUGCGUGGCGCGGCCCCGCUUGGAGUGGGGGAUGCAGGUGGGCCAGAAGAGGUCCAGCAUUUUGGAUCAACUACUGACCAACAGUUAUUUCCAGAGGAUUUCAUCUUACCUUCAGACCUCGUGGAUCAUUAAGACUAUAAAGUACUACUGUAGAAUCGUAAUUUCCAUUCUUUUAAAUGGGUGAGAAAAUGUUAAUAUAACAAUAUAUGAUAUAUAAACCUUAAAUGAAAUGAGAAAAUGAUCUAUUGCAGAUAUUUGACUGAUGUAGUUUUUUUUUAAUUAAUCAGAAGUCCCCCUUCUACUGUAUUAUCUCACACAUGCUCUCUAUAUCAACAAAAAAUGUUGAUUUUUCAAUGAUAGACUGUAUAUGCAGGCCGUUCAUUCCAGUUGCAUUGUAUAAAUCAACUCUUCAAGGCUCAUUCACUGUCCUGGUUUUUAUUUUUUUUUAAAAAGGCAGUAUUCCCUUUUAAAUGAGCUUUCAGAAAGUUGCUGAGAAACUAGAUGAUAUAGGGAACUGUAAUUGGCCAUUUGAAGCACAUCAUUAUAUCCUCUCAAAAUUACUACAAAGGACCAGUUUCUUGGAAGUCUGGUGUCCCCACUGCUGGGUACCUUGGUAUCUCCACAUGAGUCCUGUCACCAAGGAGGUUAAAAGCAUUUGAGUUCCAGCAUCUUUUAGUGAGCCUAGUGUAUACAGAUUAGGGCAUCGCCACUGUUUCCUUCUGAAUCCAGUUCUUCCACAGAAGUUAGCCCGUAGUUUGUAGAUGACUUACUUCCACCGUCUGCUGUUGACACUAACUGUGGCUUCUUACUGCUCACCUCCUGUCCAAGUAAAGUAAUGUCCACGUGUGCUGUCUUUCCUUCUUUGACAUUUCCCCGCAAAGGCACUGACCCUGGCUGUGCACCCACACUGUACCUUGACUUCUCUGCCCCUGUUCCCACCCCCAGCCUCCGUACUGUUCACGCAGAGACUAUGGCAGAGGCGGCCAGUGGCCCAGGAGAGAACAUGGGAGGUGUGCUUUGGGUGGAAGGAGUUUAUUCCAAGUUGUACAUUAAAUGAUCUGUAGACACUGUGGAAAGCUUUGAAGAUUUUGUUCUCUUUACAUGAGUCUUAGUAAUGCUUGUAUAGUUGAUGUUGAUGCUCACAGCUUUUUCUUUUUUAUUUUCAAGGUUCUGGUAACCUAUGGUGUAUUUUUUUCUAUUUCCCUUUGCCUGUUAUUUUCUUCCUCCCCUUUCACCCUACCCAUGUCUCUUCCCACUAUGCACAGGUAAACUUCACCUACAAACUCCUUAAUCCGAUCUGUGGAGAAUGUACAGAGUUUAAACACAUCAAUAAAUACUUUAACUUCCA